UCUAGCUCACCACAGCCUCAAACUCCUGGGUUCAAGUGAUCCUCCCAUCUCAGCCUCCUGAGUAGCUGGGACUAGUGCAGGAGCCACUGCACCAGGCUCUUCAGGGUUUUUCUUCGUGAUUGGGCUUAUUGGGGUGGGGUGGCCAAAACACAGGGGCAGUACUAGGGAGGCUGUGUAGUUAUGAGGCUCUGUGGAGCAGAAGUGGCCCCACAUCCAGUAAGCUGCACAUCCAUAGAUCCCAAAUCUCCAUCCCAAGAUUGGAGAUUUUUGGCAGCUGCAGACGCCACGGGGUUUGUGUAAGGGGCGCAGCACUCCAGCCAUGGCACGUUCGCUCGUCCAUGACACGAAGUUCUACUGCCUGAAUGUAUACCAGGGCGGCGUGAACCACGAGAAUUGCAUGAACCGCUAUGGCGGCAUGAUCCACGAGGGUGGCGGUGGAAACCAGGGGCCUAGGCAGCUGCAGCAGCCCCUGGAGGAGCCAGCCCAGGCGGCCAUGGAGGAUCCGCAGCCCGAGAACAUGCAGCCACGAAUUCGGCGCAGGAAGUUCAAGCCGUGGCAGGUGGAGGAGCUGGAAAGUGUUUUCCAACGCACUCAAUACCCUGAUGCGUCCACAAGAAGGGAACUUGCCGAAAACUUAGGUGUGACUGAAGACAAAGUGCGGGUUUGGUUUAAGAAUAAAAGGGCCAGAUGCAGGCGAUAUCAGAGGGAAUUAAUGCUCGCCAAUGAACUACUUGCUGACCCAGACAACUGUGUCUACGUCAUCUUGGACGAGCCCUAGAAUGCCAUCCUUCUUCAGGAGCUAGUUUGGAGAUGGGUUUUUCUGGUGCCACUGAUACCUGGGCUGCCCAUGCCGCUCAGGCUACCCUUAUCUCCUCUGAAUUUAUGUUAUCA